AUAACUUCUACUUUACACAAACAGCAGUGUAUUACGAAAGUCUAAGCUUAAUAAUUAAUAUACGUACAAUUAACAAUAUGAAGAAAUAUAAUAAUUAUAAUAUACAUUUCUUCAUUUCUAAAUAAAAUUACAGUAACAUACAUAUAUUUCUGACAUAUAAUCUACAGUUUUUUAUUAUUUAAUAUCAGUGAAAAAGUUAAUAUAUAUAUUAAUAGAUCAUGAGUUCUCACGGUAAAGCAGAAACUGAAAGAUUAAAACAAAAUUUAGAAGAACAGCUUGAUAGAUUAGUGCAACAGUUAGAGGAUCUUGAAGAGUGCAAAGAUGAAAUGACUAAUGAAGAAUAUGAAGAAGCCAAAGAAGAAACAAUGGAACAACUUCGUGAAUUAAAUGAAUCAUUACAAAGAAUGAUUUCUGGAAAUAUGACUCUUAUCAAUCAACUUGGAGCAAUGCAAUUGGCAGCUCAAGCAGCAAUAAGUGCAGCUUUUAAAACUCCUGCUGUAAUUAGAAUGUUUGGAAGACGUGAGCCGGAUCAACUCAGAGAACGUCUUUUUCAAAUUGAACGUGACAUAAAACUUGGGAAACUAAAUAAAGAUGCUGGUGAUCGAUUACGUACUGAAGUACUGAGUGCUUUAAGACAGCUUGGAGAAAAAUUGGAUCCUUCCGAAUUACAAUUAUUAGAAAAAUUUUCUUUAAAUAGUAUAGAUGCAACGAGUUAUGUACAAGUGACAGAGGCUGUAGAAAAGGGUCAAAUGGCCUUAGCAGCAGUUGGUAAAGAAGUAAGAGCUACUCAAAGUACCUAGAUUUUUUAAUUAUACUUUAUAUCAAUAUAUGUCCAUGUUAUAAGUACUUCCUAUU